UAAAGCAGUAGACGCAAGUUGGUGAAAUGCUUUGCAGUCAAAUAAACUGUUAAAAUGUACCUGGAUUGUAAAACAGAUAUUUGAAAAAAAUGACAGUUGGAUAAUACUGUUUUACAGUUAUUCUGCUAAAAGGGCAAAAUAUGAACAUUAGUUUUGUACUAAAACAGAUUUAAAAAAUAAAAUUGUAACAGCUCCUAUAUUUUAAAGAUUGCGAAAAAAAGAGUAGACGUUAUUGACUGUGAUAUAUUAGAAGUAAAUAUAAAGCUUAGUGUAUGUACAGUAGCUUACAGCUAGAGGGAGUGAGUGAGAGAGGUUUUCAGUCAAUCAAUGGAAAUGCCGCGGACUAAAGAGCAUGUGUGCUAAACAACUUAUAGUUUAUAAUGGGAAAUUAUGAUUUUAUCGUGUUACAGACAUUGUGUUGGUUAUAGCCAUUGCUACAUGUAAAAUAGAAAGAAAAAAGCAUGGCUUGUUUUAAUAUUAGAGGAGCAUUGUUUGUUUCUCUUAUUGUUAUAAUUGUGUUCUUGUGUCAAACGUGCCUGUGUUUUAACUUAGAUGGUUCACCAGGAUCCUACGCAAAAUUUGACCAUUGGGAGCCAUGCAUUAACGGUUCUUUAAGCUUUGAAUUUAAAACAGAUCGUCCAAAUGCUUUAUUGUUUUACAUAGAUGAUGGUCAUUCUAGUUUCUUUGAAUUAAAAUUAGUUGGUGGUAUCGCCAGAUUAAGACUUAAUCUAGGCGGAGGUACUGUGAUCCUUUCUGCUGGUCAAAGUUUAAAUGACCAGCAGUGGCAUAAAGUAGAAAUCAGACGCAAUGGUGAGCAGACGACACUUACCGUUGAUAAAAUUGAACAUACACGAACAUUACAUGGUAACGAAUUUGAUUUAAAUAGUACGGACGAUAGAUAUUUUUUUAUUGGUGGGUUACCCGAUGAUUAUGACCAAAAACUCACAACAUUAGCUCUUCCUUCCGUUAUUUUUGAGCCAAAAUUUCGUGGAUCCAUCCGAAACUUGUUUUAUAGCAGCUGUGCUGGUCCCGUUGAGCGACCCACCAUGAUCAACCAUGAUGGAAUAUUGUCGAGUGAUGAGGAUUUAUGUGAAAGAGGAAAUCCUUGUCUUAACGGUGGUAUGUGCUUGACAACCGAUGAUGGCUUGAUGUGUGAUUGUACCAGAAUUGAAUUUGAUGGUGAUCGAUGUGAGACUGAAAAAAUUCCAUCAGAUGCCACGUUUUUAGGAGCUCAGUAUUUUAGUUAUGAUUUAUCAAGUAGAGGUGAUCCUAUUAUCAGUAAUAAUGAUCAACUCACUUUAGAUUUUAGAACCAAACAGUCCAAUGGCCUUUUAUUUUUUACUGGUGAUUCAAACGAUUAUUUAAAUGUUGCAAUGAAAGAUGGAGGCAUCAUUCUAACCAUUAAUUUGGGAUCUGGUUCCUAUGAAACAGAAGUCCGUCCUGGUCAUGUUCGCUUUGAUGAUAAUAGGUGGCAUCAUCUAUUGAUCAAACGGGAAGCAAGGGAGAUAUCUAUGGAAGUAGAUGGUGUUUAUCGUAAGUCUGGUAGUACAACAGGAGAGUUUACUUUGUUAUCCAGUAGUGUGUUAUAUGUAGCUGGUAGUCCCAAUACAGUUUUACUACCUGGGUCCAGAGUUAAAAGUAACUUUAAAGGUUGUAUGCGGAAGGUGAGAUACCAAGCGGAUAAUGUACAACUUGAUUUAACAGAUCUUGCCAAAAAAAGUCAUGGAUUAAUCAGUGUUGUCGGGGAAGUUUUAUUUAAUCGUUGCCAAGAACUCGUAGAAUCGCAUCCAAUCACAUUUUUAACACCUACAUCUUACAUCACCCUCCCUACGUGGGAUGUUUCACUUAAACGUGCUUCCAUUGCCUUCCAGUUUCAAACAACCGAACCGAAUGGCGUCAUCUUGUAUAACUCUGGUCAGCUGGCUAAAAGUGACUUUUUCGCGAUAGAACUUUUAGAUGGUCAUCUGUAUUUGGUUAUCAAUUUAGGAUCAGGUACCAUGAAAGUAAAAGCCAGCAAGCAGCCGGUCAAUGAUGGCGAACCCCAUGAGGUUUAUUUAGAUUACCAAGGACCACAAGGUUACAUUACGCUGGAUGGUCAAAAGGAACCGUACACUUCCAAGGAAAAGGGUGAUCUGCUGCAGCUGGACGGUUACCUGUUUGUGGGUGCUAUCAAUGAUCAUGUUGAUGCCAGCACCUUACCAAAAGAAAUGUGGUCCGGGAUGUUGGGACAUGGUUAUGUAGGUUGUUUCCAAGAUCUAGUUAUUAAUGGUAAUAAAGUGGAUCUUGUAGCAGCAGCAACGCUACAGUUAGCAGAAGGUAUUGCAGAAUAUUGCCGCCGUAUGGAACCCCAAUGUUUAAGUUAUCCAUGUAUGCAUCAAGGUAUUUGUGUUGAGGGAUGGAAUAGAUUUGUAUGUGAUUGUAGAGCUACUGGUUUUAUUGACAACGUUUGCCAAACGGCAUCAACAACAUUAAGAUAUGAUGGUACCCAGUAUGUGAAGGUCACAAUGCCAGAAGAAUCGCUAACAGAAGCAGAAGACAUAUCAUUAAGAUUCCGUACCAUGCAUCCGAAUGGUUUGUUAUUUAUGACGUCAUCAGAUAAAACAACAGACGUGAUGGAACUAUAUCUAGAUUCAGGUUCUAUUAAAUUAAAUGUAGAUGUUGGAAGUGGGGCAAAGUCUUUAACAGUAGGCAAUGUCCUCAAUGAUGAUAGAUGGCAUACAGUAUUCAUUAAACGAAGAGCUCAGACAAUAGAAUUAGCUAUAGAUGGACAUCGCCCGGUUACAGAAAAAUUACCUGGUCAAGAGAACACUUUAUCUACCAGAUAUAUAGUGUUAGGUUAUAAAGAUAGGGUUAUACCGGGGGAUUUACCAGGUGAAGCUGAUGAACUAGAGUUUCGUAACAUUGAUUUAGGCCAGGAAAUGAAAGAUGACAAUUCUGUUGGUGAUCAUUCAGGAUUUAUAGGAUCUAUGCAACAACUGAUGUUUAACCAAAAUUAUUUUUUUGAACUGGCUAAAUCCGGCCGAAUAGAAAACAUAGAAGUGACUGCUAAAUUUAGCACUGAUGAUUAUGUGGUUCGUGACCCUGUCACCUUUAAAGCAGCAUCUGCUUUUGCUACUCUCCCUUGUUUACAUGCCUAUAAAAAAUUCUCGUUAUCUUUUCAAUUUAAAACUACGGAAGAUAGUGGAUUAGUUUUGUUCAAUUCUGGAAGAGGCCAAGAUUUUUUUGCCAUUGAAUUAAAUGGUGGAUAUCUGUAUUAUAUUUACAAUAUGGGAGCAGGAGCACAAAGCAUCCAGAUAAAUUCCAAUCAGAAAUUAAACAAUAAUAAAUGGCAUGAAGUCCGUCUGCUGAGGCCAGAGUUACAUAAACAAUUAAUACGUGUGGAUGAUAAUACACCGACAGUCGAUAAUUUAGGAGGGUCUCAGGCUCUCCACUUCGAUCUGGAAGGUUCAUUGUUUGUAGGUGGUGUUCGUAAAACUAUGUAUCAUUCUUUACCAAAAGUCAUCACGUCGCGCCAUGGUUUCCUGGGCUGUCUUGGUUCUUUAGAUUUAAAUGGAUAUUUACCUAAUUUAGUGAAAGAGGCAGACACUAUUCAUCAGUCUAUAGUAGAAGGCUGCAAAGGACCCACAACUCAGUGUCAACCUGAUAGUUGUGCCAAUGAUGGUCGAUGUGUUCAACAGUGGAAUUCAUAUGUCUGUGAUUGUGAUUCUACAUCAUACAGUGGACCAACCUGUAGUGAUGAGAGUACCUCAUACAGAUUUGGUCCAACUGAAGGUUUAUUAACAUUUAGUUAUCCAGCUUAUCAACAACCCAAUACAGUAGGAGAUAAUCUAGCUCUAGGGUUUACAACAUAUUCAAAGGAUGCUGUAUUGGUUAGAAUAGACAGUGAAAACUUUGAUGAUUACAUUGAGAUGGAAUUGGUAAAUGGGAAUAUAUUUGUUGUGUAUAAUAUGGGAACGGCAGAUCACCCUAUAGGAGAAUUAUUUAAACCUGUAAAUGAUGGUAAAUACCAUGUGGUACGAUUUACACGUAGUGGACCAAAUGCAACAAUACAAGUUGAUGAUCUCAUAAUGCAAACCAAAAAUCCCAGAGGCCAACAACUUGGAGUGUUUAACAAUCAAGCGUUUGUCUAUGUCGGAGGCAAGAAAACAGAAGAUGGUGUGAUUGCUCGACCUUUUGAAGGAACUAUAUCUGGACUUGUUAUGAAUGGUAUUCGUAUACUGGAUUUAGCAGAAGCCGAUGAUUCACGAAUAACUAAAGAAAAAAGUGUUUAUUUAGAACAUAGUGGGGCUAUAAGUGCAAGAAAAAAGAUAACCAAAGAAAUCUUGCCCAAUAAAGACGUUACCGAGAUGCAGUCGACUAUGGGAUUAAGGCAGACAACGCCUAAAUUGGGUGUUACCGAUGAUAUUAUUUUCUCCGGUGCUGGGGCUGGUUGUCAUAGUGAUGAUGAAGAUGAUUGUACAUCAGUUGGUUCAGGUAUAGAAGAUGACAUCAUCACACCUACCGUUAUUAUAAAAACAACACCACACCCUCCCACUACAACACCAAGACCACGUAAAAGACCUAUAACAUGUGUGGAACCUGACUGUAAUUCACGUACUAAAGGAAAUGGUGAUAUAUUUGGACCAACACCUGAUCCUGGUUAUACUGAUUAUAGAGGUGUUACUCCCGUGUAUGGCAUGCCAAAUAGUUUAACACCUACAGGAGAAACCAGCAAGGAAUCAGUUGGGUCUGGAAUUGGUGCCACUUUGAAUAUUGGUCUCAUAAUUGGUAUUGCAGCAGGAGUGCUGGUAGCUCUGCUUAUUCUUAUCUUCGCUUUAUAUAAGUUUCGAACCCGUUCAGAAGGGACAUACAAAGUGGAUGAAAGUCAAAAUUUUUCCUAUUUAGAAUCCAAGAAACAACAGGGUAAUGGGGCGUUGCUAGGUGCUAAUGAGAACAAUAAACGUGGUGGCAAGAAAAAAGAUGUUAAGGAAUGGUACGUCUGAACAAUGGCUGAUAAAUUAUUCUUUUUGUUUGUGGUUCGGUUGCUUGUUGAAUUGAUUGUCAUUACAAAGGUAUUUUCUGCAGGAAAUCCUUUCAGUGAAAUUGGAACUCUAGACGUUGUAAUUAAAAGAUAAAAAAUUACACGAAAAGAUACUUUUUACAGAUAAUAGAUGGUGACAGACCAGACAGCCAUUAGGCGGCCAUGUUGUAAUUGUGUACAUGAUAAUGUGUGUUAAACGGUGAGAUGAACUACUUCCAUCGAGACCCAGAUUUUUUCUGCUAGCUCAAACAGUGCAGAGAUGAUUUAAAGAGAUAAAAAUCUUAUAUGCACAAACUAGAUCAUUGCGGUUCCAUUAUUUUACUUUCAUUGUGCUUUAUAUAUUGGCUUCAAAUGAAAUUAAGGUUUUUCAUCAAAGUCAGUAAUUGACCAAAUAAUACUUUUCUUAUGAUAAUCUAAAUAAUCUUAUUGACCAAGUUUAAAUACAUGAUGAUUUUAUGUCUAAGUUGUUAAAAAUUGAAUUGUAUAUUAUUUUUGCAUGGUGACUAAAUAAGAUAUUAUUCCACGUACUUAAUUUUUCUCAGGUAUACAAUGUAUAUUCCUUUGUUUUUUUUGUCUACUUAAUUUUGUUGUUUUUUGUUUAGUCGAAUGAGUGCUGACUUUUUAUUUUUCACACCGUAACGAUAUUUCAUUAAUAUUAACAUGUACUUACUUAUUUCAUUAAAUAAAACUAUAGUUCCUGUUCUACACAAAAUAAAAUUAUUGUCCCCCGCUUUUCAAAGAAAGCAGGGGACUAUUAAAAUGGGUUUGUCUGUCUGUCUGUCGGUCGGUCCGUCCGUCUGUCCGUCACACUUUUUGGGACACAAUAACUCUCCUUCUAAUUAACCUAGAAUGUUCAAACUUGGUGUAGGUGUUUAUUAGGUCAAUGCCUUGAUGGAGUUCGAAGAUGAGCAUUUUCUGCUUAGGGUAAGCAGAGAUAAGCAAUUUGAUUGGUUGAUGCUUUGGGACACGAUAACUUUAGUUCUAAUUAAGUGAGAGUGAUGAAACUUGGAGUAUAGUUUCAUUACAUCAAUACCUUGACUAAGUUCGAUAAUGAGCAUUUUCUGCUCAGGGUAAGCAGAGCAAUAAGCAAUUUGAUUGGCCGAGACUUUGGAACACAAUAACUCUCCUUCUAAUUGAGCUAAAAUGUUCAAACAUGGUGUAGGUGUUUAUGAGGUCAAUGCCUCGAUAGAUUGCGAAGGUGAGCAUUUUCUGCUUAUGUUAAGUAGAGAUAAGCAAUUUGAUUGGUUGAUGCUUUGGGACAUGAUAACUUUAGUUCUGAUUAAGUGAGAGUGAUGAAACUUGGUGUAUAAUUCAUUACAUCAAUACCUUGACUAAGUUCGAUGAUGAGUAUUGUCUGCUUCGGCUAAGGAGCAAUAAGCAUUUUGAUUGGUCAAGACCUUGGAACAUAACAACCCUGCUUCUAAUUGAGGUAGACUAUUUAAACUUUAUGUAGAUCUUCGUCUUGAUUUGAGUUCAAUGAUUAACAUAUCGAGCUAAAGCUAAGCAGAGAUAAGCAAUUUCUUUGGUCGAUGCUUUGGGACAAGAUAACUUUGAUUCUAUCUGAUAGAGAGUGAUGAAACUUAGUGUAUAGUUGAUAAUCAGUUUGAUUGCUCGAUUAAUUAAUAUGUGUCAUCUAUUUAUUUGGGGAUUUUAAUUAAGAAACAAAAAUGCCAAAUGCUCUCAGCUUGGAUUCAGUUGGAUUAAAAGGGGUCCCAUCAAAAAUUGUUGCGAAGAUUUUAGGUGAGGGUGGCUAGCUUUGAUCAUUUCUUUUGCAGAAAAUGCCAGAUGUCAACAAAUUUUCAAUUCAUCAUAUCUUUGUAAAUGCAGAACAGAAAAAACAUUUUUUAAACUGAUACUUCUUUUACAAAUCCAACUUUUACAAUAUCGUAGUUUGCAGACAACCCUCAUAUGACAAUCAUAGACUUUAAAAACAGACUAUCAUAGACUUUUAAGAAAAUGUUUAAAAUUAUUGCUCAGAAUAUUCCAGGACCAGAAACUCUUCGUCAUGAAAUGGUUUUCAUGUUAACCCAAAUGAUAUUAACUUUAUUAAAAAGUAUUGUUAUUGUUUUGUUCUAUAGGUAGGUAAUUCUAUGUAUAUGAUACAUGUACUAAUAUUGUUAAUUCUGAAUAUUAUAUAGUUAAUAAGUUAAAGUCAUAUAUUGAAUUCUUAGCAUUAGCGCUAUACAUAGAUUGUUUUUGUUAUAUUUUCAAUGUGGAUAUAUUAUAAUCACCUUAUUAUAUAGACAUGUUACAUCCAUUUCUUACAUUGUAUUUCUUACUGAUUGUUUUAGAAUUAAAAUUGAAAAAGCCUUUGUACGGUAGGUAACGAAUGUACAAUAAAGCUUCUGUUUGUUGCUACGCAAUUUAUAUAAUUUUUAAUUUUUUUUAAACAUUUUAAAAGUGUUUUAAUUUGAAAUGUUAUUUCUUUUUAUUUUAAACAUAAAGUGUUUUCAUUGAAACUUAAUUGUUUUUAUUUGAAAUGUUAUGUUCUUAUAUUAAACAUGAGUUUUGACUCUUUUAACUGAAAAAUUUCCAAAUAAUCAAAAUCACAUGAUAUUUUAAACCGGAAACAUAAAUGUUCAAUGUCUUCAAUGAAAACUGUAAAGAAAUUAGUAAUCUAUACAUAUGUAUUUGUGACUGUUGUUUGUGUGUCUGUUUGGGGUUGGCAGCCACAUUAGGGCUGACCUGAGGCUUAAAUUUGAGUCAGGGAGUGACAUAGGCCUGUCAGCGUUGUGCUGCCACUUCUGGUUUAGGAGAUGUACAACUUCUGAUUCUGGGCUCCACCUGUGUGAUCAAGCGGUAGUUAAUAAUAAUUAAAAGUAAUUGAAGGAUGAAAGUGUGGAAUAUUAAUUAAGAACUAGCUCUAAUUAGAACAACGGGUAUAUAUCAUAGAAUAUUCCAAUAAUUAACUUGUGUCAUUAGUAAGAAAAAACUAGAUAUAAAGUGCUUAUAGUAAAAUGUAUAUAUUUCUAAUGUUGUACUGGCAAAAUGCUUUUAUGCUAGUUCAUACACUGUAUGCCUAUAAAUAAUGGGAAAUCUCCUAUUUUAUAUAGAUCUAUUUUAUUAGCUGUGAUAGUUGUGAAUUAAUAAAAUUAUUGUAAAUAAAAGUAAAACUCUUUAUCAUUAUUAAACCUUAAAGAAUUAUCAUUUUCUUAGAUUCUCAGUAUUGAAUAGUUAUUCAUGCAUUAUGUAAGAUUUAGAUACAGAGCUGACAGUUCUCUUUAUAAAAUUUUUAAAAAGUAGAUAAUGAAAAGUGUAUAUGUUGAAAAUUUCAAUCAAAUUACUUCAUUCUGAGCAGAGUUAUGGUUGUUUGAUGAACAGUGUAGUCUCAAUUGCCAUUGCCACCGUUACAAUAAUAAACAAAAUAUUGAUUAUCCAAUUUUUAAUUAAAUUAUUAACAUGCAAUUGUUUUUAAAUCCGUUGAAAAUCAAAACCAUCCGAUGGUCUAGAUAGUUGAAUAUGAGCUUGGCAUGUGAAUAAAUGUCUUGAUUAUUGAUUUAUAUAACAUUUGAGGCCAAAUGAAAGAUUUGCAUUAGGCAGUUACCUCUCACAUAAUGCAUCUUUAAUUAUAUUCUUAUAAUUCUUAAUUUCAUUCCUCAUUAAAUGUUAUAGGUGAGAGCUUUCUUUGGUAAUUAGUAUUAAGAAUAAAGAUAGAUUCUAAUAUAAAUUUGAUCAAAUUUGGAACCUCACAUUGUUCAUUUAGUUUACAUUCUCAUAUAAAUGUUAAAAAGAAGAGAAAUGGGGUUUAACAUCCUACUUUUCUGCACCAAUUGGGAUAAUGAAGAGGGCAAAUUUCAAACAUUAUACUAUCCAUUUUGUUUUGUUUUCCUUAAUAGUGUUUACAAAUAAGUAAUCUGUUCAUUUCAAUUGCAUACUGGUAAUAGAGAGAUCUUAGAGAAAAUUUAAUUUUGAAAAGAAAUCAUAUUUUGUUGGUUUCUGCUACUAAUGGUAUUGUUAAUACAUGUAUUAUAUUAUUUGUGUUUAUUGAUGUAUAUUUUGUAUAUGUUUGUUUAUUAUGUAGAAUGUGUAUCUCAGUAUUUUGACAGUAAUGGUUAAACCUCACAUAUUGUAUAUUUCACAACAACUUUAUAUAUAUUAGUUAAUCUUUAUGUUAUGUAUGUUUUUGUAUCAUACAUAUCGUUCCAACAGUAAAAAGUUUUUUUUAUAUAUA